AUGACGUUUUGGACUCAACACACCGAGGCGAGGCCGUUGGCAUAUUAUAAUAUGAGGCAGCAGCGGCGGGACUUGGUAUCGCCGGCCAUUUCACUGGUGUUGACUGUUCGGAACGGCGUGCGAUUGUCGACCUUAACAGGUCUAGCAAUAAGCACUUUUUGGAAUGACAGACUCACGACACCCAGACGCGGGGAGGGCUUCGGUCAGAUAACGUUA